UGGCGGCGGGCGUUCAGCUUGGCAACAUGGCGUCGGCCGGGCGGCGAAGACUGCAGCUUUCUCUCCUCCGGACCACUGCGGGCUUGUGAGGCUGAUCUGGCCCCGGGAUGGGAUCUCUGUCACCGCUCGGCCUCCUGUGGGGGCUCCUCCUGCUGCAGGACGUCCUAGGACCGCUGCGUGGGGACCCGGUUUUCAUCCCACCUUUCAUCCGAAUGUCCAGCCCUGAGGUCAGCGCGUCCCUGGUCGGAGGCGGUGAGGAUGUCACCGUGUCUCUGACUCCGCUGCAGGUCGAGAAGGGAGUGUUACCAUUUCCUACUUGUGGUGGUCUCAGCAAUGAUACAGGAGAUUGGAAUGUGACCGUGAGCCCUGGUGUGAGCGGGCUGGAAGUGACGGUACGGUGGAGGAGGGGCCUGCACUGGUGCUCCGUGAACGGGACCGCCUCCUCCGCAGAGCUCCCGUGCGUCCUGCAGACUCUGCUGGUUUCCGCCUCCCACAAUGCAUCCUGUUUAGCGCACCUGCUCAUUCAGGCGGAGAUUUACCCCAACACGUCUGUGACCCACGGUGCAUCAGAUAACACGACUGUCAUUCCUAACCAAGUCUAUCAUCCUCUGGGUCCCUGCCCUUGCGACUUGACAGCCAAGGCCUGUGACAUUCGCUGCUGCUGUGACCAAGACUGCCAGCCGGAGGUGCGAGAGCUGUUCCAGCAGGCCUGCUUCUCCGGCGUCUUCGGAGGGGACGUCAACCCCCCCUCCCCCCAGCUCUGUGCAGCUGGCUCUGCUCAUGAGACCCCCGACUGGUUUCCCUUCCUGUGUGUGCUCUCACCCCCGUCCACCUCACCGUUCCUCGGGCACUUCUACCACGGCGCCAUUUCCCCCAGACAUGACCCCGCCUUCGAAGCCCACCUGCACCUCGACCUAAGAGACUUCACGGAUGCCGGUUACAAACAAGGAGAUCCCAUCAUGACCACGACGGGGUAUUUCACCAUCCCUCAGGUGUCCCUAGCCGGGCAGUGUCUGCAGGACGCCCCAGUGGCUUUCCUGAGGAAUUUUGAUAUUAAAUGUGCCGUCGAUCUGGAAGUGCACCAAGAGCGAGAUGGCGUUGUCCCUGAGAACGUGAGGAUCCGCACGGCGGCAGGCCUGGUCACACCAACAGUAACCUACGAGGAAGCCACUGACCUGGACAAGCUCAUCUCUGGUCCAGACAGACUUUUAAACAGUGGAUCUGCCCCCAGAAAUGUGAACGUGGAAGAGCAUUAUGUUUUCAGAUGGCAGAAUAAUUCCAUCAGCGGACUAGACAUCACCAUCAUCAGGGCAGAAGUCAAUGCCCACCAGAAGGGAACAGUGGCGCAGAGAUUCACAGUGAAGUUUUUAAGCCAUAACAGUGGUGAUGAGAAGGAAUCUUCUGGAAAUCCAGGUUACCAGCUUGGCAAGCCAGUCCGAGCCCUGCACGCCAACGGGACGAAUGUCACUGCCCUACACCUCUGGCGGCCAGCUGGAAGGGGCUUGUGCGCAUCAGCCGCUCUGAGACCCAUUUUAUUUGGAGAGAAUGCACUCGCUGGCUGCCUGCUGGAGGUGGGGAUUAAUGAGAACUGUACGCAGCUCAGGGAGAACGUCCUCCGGAGGCUGGAUUUGCUGAUACAAGCGACACACGUCGCGAGGAGAGGCAACUCGGACUACGGCGAUCUGAGUGACGGCUGGCUGGAGGUCCUACGUGUUGACGCCCCUGAUGCAGGUGCCGACCUGCCCCUGAGCCACGCAAAUGGCAUCUGCCCGGAAGUCCCUGCCCAGCUCACCAUCCGCUUCCUCGUUGCCGAAGCUGGGUCCGUGGAAGGGGUGUCUCAGCAGGAGAUCCUCGGCGUGGAGACAAGGUUCUCCACAGUGACCUGGCAGUACCAGUGUGGGCUCACCUGUGAGGACAAGGCCGAUCUCCUCCCUCUCAGUGCCUCCGUUCAGUUCAUUAAAAUCCCUGCGCAGAUGCCCCGCCCUCCGACGAGGUUCCAGAUCAACUUCACGGAGUAUGACUGUACCCGGAAUGAGCUGUGCUGGCCUCAACUUCUGUACCCUCUGACCCAGUAUUACCAAGGAGAGCCCCGUUCCCAGUGUGUUGCCAAAGCCCUGAUGCUGCUGGCCCUCCUCAUGCUGGCCACACUCCUCAGUCAUCCUUGGAUCAGAAUGUGCCAAGGCUGGCACUCAGCCUCCAUCUACCACUGGCGGCGGCUGAGCGGUGGCCGCGGUGGCAGCGGUGCGGAGCCCCAUGGUGCCGGUGCGCGGGCCGCGGCGGCUGAGCGAGGCGACGCCGCCAUGGGCUCCCUGUUCCGCAGCGAGAGCAUGUGCCUGGCGCAGCUCUUCCUGCAGUCGGGCACCGCGUACGAGUGUCUGAGCGCGCUGGGCGAGAAGGGCCUGGUGCAGUUCCGAGACGUGAGUGUCCCGCGGCGGCCUGCGGGCCUGUGCAGCCCAGGGCUGGGCGCCGCCAAAGAACAGCUGCAGAAACUGGAGGUGGAGCUGAGAGAAGUCACCAAGAACAAGGAGAAGCUGCGCAAGAACCUGCUGGAGCUGGUGGAGUACACCCACAUGCUGAGGAUCACCAAGACCUUCCUUAAACGGAAUGUGGAGUUUGAACCCACUUAUGAGGAGUUCCCCGCCUUAGAGAACGAUUCUCUGUUGGACUACAGCUGCAUGCAGAGGCUGGGCGCCAAGCUGGGAUUCGUGUCUGGCCUGAUCCAGCAAGGCAAAGUCGAAGCAUUUGAGAGAAUGCUGUGGCGGGCCUGCAAAGGGUACACCAUCGUGACCUAUGCAGAGCUGGACGAGUCCCUGGAAGACCCCGAGACGGGCGAAGUCAUCAAGUGGAACGUGUUCCUGAUUUCCUUCUGGGGAGAGCAGAUUGGCCACAAGGUUAAGAAGAUAUGUGAUUGUUACCACUGCCACGUCUACCCGUAUCCCAACACGGCUGAGGAGCGCAGGGAGAUUCAGGAGGGGCUCAAUACUCGGAUCCAGGACCUCUACACUGUGCUGCACAAGACGGAGGACUACCUGAGGCAGGUGCUGUGCAAAGCCGCCGAGUCCGUGUGCAGCCGCGUGGUGCAGGUGCGGAAGGUGAAGGCCAUCUACCACAUGCUCAACAUGUGCAGCUUCGACGUCACCAACAAGUGUCUCAUAGCUGAGGUCUGGUGCCCCGAGGUGGACCUGCCGGGCUUGCGCAGAGCCCUGGAGGAAGGCUCGAGAGAGAGCGGAGCUACAAUCCCCUCGUUCAUGAACACAAUCCCUACGAAAGAAACGCCGCCCACUCUGAUCCGCACCAACAAAUUCACCGAGGGCUUCCAGAACAUCGUGGAUGCCUAUGGUGUCGGGAGCUACAGAGAAGUGAACCCAGCGCUCUUCACCAUCAUCACCUUCCCGUUCCUGUUUGCUGUGAUGUUCGGUGACUUUGGGCACGGCUUUGUCAUGUUCCUGUUUGCCCUCUUACUGGUGUUAAACGAGAAUCACCCCCGACUCAGCCAGUCACAGGAGAUCCUGGGGAUGUUCUUCAAUGGCCGCUACAUCCUCCUGCUGAUGGGGCUGUUCUCCGUGUACACCGGCCUCAUCUACAACGACUGCUUCUCCAAGUCUGUGAACCUCUUUGGCUCUCGGUGGAACGUGUCUGCCAUGUACAGUUCCAGCCACUCUGCCGAGGAACAGAAGGGGAUGAAGCUUUGGAAUGACAGCACCAUCAGGCACAGCAGGACUUUACAGCUGGACCCGAACGUCCCUGGUGUUUUUCGAGGCCCCUACCCUUUUGGCAUUGACCCCAUUUGGAACCUGGCCACAAAUCGCCUCACUUUCCUCAAUUCCUUCAAGAUGAAAAUGUCUGUGAUUUUAGGAAUUAUUCAUAUGACUUUUGGUGUCAUUCUGGGAAUAUUUAACCACUUGCACUUUAGGAAGAAGUUCAACAUCUACCUGGUGUCCGUCCCCGAGAUCCUGUUCAUGCUCUGCAUCUUUGGGUACCUGAUCUUCAUGAUCAUCUACAAGUGGCUGGCAUACUCGGCAGAGACCUCUAGAGAGGCCCCCAGCAUCCUGAUCGAGUUCAUUAACAUGUUCCUGUUCCCAGCCAGUGAGACACAUGGCCUCUACCCAGGGCAGGCGCACGUCCAGAAGGUGUUGGUGGCUCUCACGGUGCUGGCGGUCCCCGUGCUCUUCCUAGGAAAGCCGCUCUUCCUGCUAUGGCUCCACAACGGGCGCAGUUGCUUUGGUGUGAGCCGGAGCGGUUACACGCUUGUGAGGAAGGACAGCGAGGAGGAGGUUUCCCUGCUGGGCAGCCAGGACGUAGAAGAGGGGCACAACCGCAUGGAAGAGGGCUGCCGGGAAGUGACAUGCGAGGAGUUCAACUUUGGGGAGAUCCUGAUGACGCAGGCCAUCCAUUCCAUCGAGUACUGUCUUGGCUGCAUCUCCAACACCGCGUCCUACCUGAGGCUCUGGGCCCUCAGCCUGGCGCAUGCACAGCUGUCUGAUGUGCUGUGGGCCAUGCUGCUGCGCGUGGGCCUGCGUGUGGACACCACCUACGGGGUCUUGCUGCUGCUGCCUGUCAUGGCCUUCUUUGCAGUUUUGACUAUCUUUAUCCUGCUGGUCAUGGAAGGACUUUCUGCAUUUCUCCAUGCCAUACGCCUUCACUGGGUUGAAUUUCAGAACAAAUUCUACGUUGGUGCAGGCACCAAGUUCGUUCCUUUCUCCUUCAGUCUGCUCUCCUCCAAGUUCAGCUGUGGCGACAGCUUAGGGCGCCGUUGCCACGGACGCCGCCCGGCUCCCCGCCCUGUCGGCCCUGCGUCCUGCAGCGCUCAGGUCUACGCCAUGGACGACCUGCGGGUCCUGUGGAUGCGCGACCGCGUGUACACCGCCUUCGGCCUCAGCAACCCCAAGGUGUUCGAGGAGCUGCUGAACCGCAAUGACAGCGAGGCAGAGGACAUCAUGCUGCACUUCCUCAACCACGCCAGCGACGAGGACGGCGCCGCCACGCUGUUCUUCUACCGCGUCCUGGUGCCCGAGGAGGUGGAGGUGGAGAUCGAAAUCCCCCUGAUCCCCGAAGAGGAGGCCGAGGAAGAGGAGACCGAGUCUCAGAAAGCAGAGGGCUCCGAAAAAGUGACAGCCAAGCCCACGAAGCUGAGAACGGACUCCAUGACACCCUCCCUGUUAGGUGUGGAUGAUGUUGACCCCGACAAAGAGCACUUAGAGAAACCCUUUGGCAAGAGGCUUGUGAAGCGCAUCGUCAACAGGCUGGAUCUGCAUGUGCUCUGUAACCCUCUCCCAGAGGAGUUUCUGGAACAGAACGUGGUGUUCUUCCUCCGAAGCACAAAAGAGGCCAUCCCCGAAGCCACGGACAUGAAGGAAGCAUUGGAAAUUAUGCCCGAGACCAUGGAGUAUGGCAUCAUCAACUCUAACGUGCUCCGCUUCCUGAACGACGUCAUCUGCCAGGUUUUCAUGCCCGCUCUGUCCUUCAACCAGCACAAGCUGGAGUCAGGUCAGGGGGCAUCGUCGGCAGAAACCCACGAGCCUUCCUCUUACGACACAACAGAGUUGCCCAGCAUGCCCGGGGAAGCGGUGGAGUACCACAGCAUCCAGCUGAUUCGUGAUGAGUUCUUGAUGAACCUUCAGAAAUUUGCCAACAACAUUCAAAGGACCAUGCAGCAGCUUGAAGGUGAGAUCAAGCUGGAGAUGCCUAGCAUCAGUGUGGAGGGGGAAGUGUCAGAGCUGGCGGCCAACUCGGAAAUGCUGGAGUCCUUGGAGCAGUGUGUGAUCAACUGGCUGACCCAGAUUUCCACUGCUCUGGAGAUCCAGCUGAAGAAGACGCCCCAGGGCAACGGUCCUCUGGCUGAAAUUGAGUUCUGGCGAGAAAGAAAUGCAACGCUGAGUGCCCUCCAUGAACAAACGAAGCUUCCGUUUGUUAGGAAGGUCUUGGAUGUGAUCAAGGAAGGUGAAUCGAUGCUCACAGCCAAUGUGCAGCCUGUCCUGACCGAGCUGUUCAAACUCCACAUGGAGGCCUCCGACAAUGUGCGCUUCCUGUCCACUGUGGAACGUCACUUCAAGAACAUCACACAUGGUUCCAGCUUCCACGUGGUCCUGGACACCAUCCCAUCCAUGAUGAGCGCCCUGCGCAUGGUGUGGAUCAUCUCAAGACACUACAACAAGGAUGAGAGGAUGAUCCCGCUCAUGGAGCGCAUUGCCUGGGAGAUUGCUGAGCGCGUGUGCAGGGUCAUCAACCUGCGUACCCUGUUCAAAGAAAACAGAUCGAAUGCCCAGCACAAAACCCUGGAUGCCAGAAACACUCUCAAGCUGUGGAAGAAAUCCUACUUCGACAUCCGGGCCAAGAUCGAGGCUUCCGGUCGGGAGGCGCGCUGGGAGUUUGACCGGAAGCGGCUGUUUGAGAGGACCGACUAUAUGGCCAGCAUCUGCCAGGACCUCGCGGAUGUCCUGCAGGUUAUGGAAGAGUUUUACAACAUAUUUGGCCCCGAGCUCAAGGCUGUGACGGGGGACCCCAAGCGUAUCGACGAUGUCCUUUGCAGGGUAGACAGCUUGGUCACCCCGAUGGAAAGCUUGACCUUUGACCCCUUCAGUAUCAAGUCCUCCCCAUACUGGAAGUACGUGAUGGAUGACUUCAAGCUGGAGGUUCUGGUUAUUGAGAAAGAAGCAAAACAUUUUAUCGACGACUCUUUCAAAACACUUCGGUCCGCGGAAGCGGCCUUUGACAUGCUGUUAAAAUUCAAGCACAUCCGCUCCCGGGAGGCCAUCAACCGGCAGAUGAUGAUGAAAUUCAAUGACAUUCUGGCCCAGUACUACAAGGAGAUCGACAUCGUUAAUAAGAUCUUCGUGUACAACCUGGACAACCCGCCGCUGUACAAGAACCACCCUCCGGUGGCCGGCGCCAUAUGCUGGGAGCGUUCCCUCUUCUACCGGAUCAAGCAUACCAUCCUCAGAUUCCAGGAGGUCGAGGAACUCCUGGACAGCGAUCGGGGCCAGGAGGUGAAGCAGAGGUACCUGGAGGUGGGCCGGAUGAUGAAGGACUACGAAGACCGCAAGUAUGAGAUGUGGAAGGAGACCACGGAGCUGAUCCUCCCCAACCUCAUGAAGAAGAGCCUCCUCACCAAGAAUGCGGCCACGACGGAGGAUGCGGCCCCGACGGAAAAGGGGGCCGUGUUUGUCAUCAACUUCUCCCCUAUUCUCAGAGAGAUCAUUAACGAAACCAAGUACUUAGAGCAGCUGGGCUUCACUGUCCCUGAGCUGGCGAGGAACGUGGCCCUCCAGGAAGACAAAUUCCUCAGGUACACAGAGGGCAUUCAGCGCAUGCUGGACCACUACCACAUGCUCAUCAACACGCUCAACGACGCAGAGACGGCACUCCUGGACGACCAUUCCCAGGAGCUGCUCAGGGUGUUCCGCUCCGGGUACAAGAGGCUGAACUGGAACUCACUAGGCAUCGCUGACUACAUCAAUCGCUGUAAGCAGGCCAUCGGCAAGUUCGAGUCUCUCGUCCACCAGAUUCACAAGAACGCGGAGGACAUCGUCUCCAGGCUGACACUGAUCGAGUCCGUCAACCUCUUUCGGUACCCCGUCUCCAAAACCGAGGGUACGCUCCCAGGUGUAAAAGAAUUCUUCGAGCACAUUGAACGGGAAAGGGCCAAGGAUGUGGACCACAUGGUCCGGUGGUACCUGGCGAUUGGGCCGCUUCUGACCAAAGUGGAAGGCCUAGUUGUGCACACCAACACGGGCAGGGCCCCCAAACUGGCCUCCUACUACGAGUACUGGGAAGGCAGAAUCUAUGACGUCCUGGGGAAACUCAUCCUGAGGAACUUACAGAAUUUCAACUCUCUGAUCCUUGGGAAUGUCCCUCUGUUCCAAGCGGAAACCAUUUUGACGGCUCCGGAAAUCAUCCUCCACCCGAACGCCAAUGAGAUCGAUAAGAUGUGCGUCCACUGCACCCGGAACUGCGUGGAGGUUACCAAGUACUUCGUGCGCUGGAUGAAUGGCAGCUGUAUCGAAUGCCCGCCUCAGAAGGGCGAGGAGGAAGAAAUCAUCAUCAUGAGCUUCUACAACGACAUCUCCUUGAACCCCCAGAUCAUGGAUCAAGCCGUCAUGAUCCCCCAAAACAUCCACCGGCUCCUGAUGAGCCUCAUGAAGUACCUGCAGCGGUGGAAGCGCUACCGGCCCCUCUGGAAGCUGGACAAGUCCAUCGUGAUGGAGAAGUUUGCCGCCAAGAAGCCAUCCUGUGUGGCCUACGACGAGAAGCUGCAGUUCUACUCCAAGAUCGCCUCCGACGUGAUGUCGCACCUGCUGACCAGGGAUGAGCACUGCAUCCGUCUGCAGCUUGGGCCCCUGGCCAACACCGUGCAAGAAAAUGCCAAGUCCUGGGUGAUUUCCCUGGGGAAGCUCCUCAACGAGUCAGCCAGGGAGGAGCUGUUCAGCAUCCGGGAUGAGAUUGAGCACCUGACUAAAAACCUUAAGAAGAGCCCCAACACCCUGGAGGAUCUCAAGUUCGUCCUUGCAACAAUUGCCGAGAUCAGGACCAAAUCUUUAGUCAUGGAGCUGAGGUACACGGACGUCCAGGAGCGGUACCGCACCUUGGCGAUAUACAAUAUCUUUCCUACGGAUGCCGAGCGGGAACUGGUUGACAAGAUCGAAAGCAUGUGGCAAACCCUCUUCACCGACUCCAUGAACGUGGAGCACUCGCUUGGAGGCAUCAAGAGGACAUUCACCGAGAUCACCCGGAGUGAGAUACUGAACUUCAGAGGCCAGCUGGACGAGUUUGCGAAGCGUUUCUACAGUCAAGGGCCUGGCGCUGUGGGCGAAGACCUCGACAGAGGCGUGGAGCUCUUAGGCAGUUUUGAAAAGGAGCUGGCCAAGCACGAUAAGAACCGGCAGGAACUGGCCAACGCCGAGAAGCUCUUCGACCUCCCCAUCACCAUGUACCCCGAGCUCAUCCAAGUGCAGAAGGAGAUGAUGGGGCUCCGGAUGAUCUACGACUUAUAUGAGGCCCUGAAGGUUGCCAAAGAGGAGUGGUCCCAGACCCUCUGGAUCAACCUCAAUGUCCAGUAUCUGCAGGAAGGCAUCGACGGCUUCCUCAAAGGCCUCCGCAAGCUGCCCCGCCAGGUGCGCAGCUUGUCCGUGGCCUUCCACUUGGAAGCAAAGAUGAAGGCUUUCAAAGACUCCAUCCCCCUGCUGCUGGACUUGAAGCACGAGGCCCUGAGAGAGAGACACUGGAAAGAACUCAUGGAGAAAACAGGCGUGUUCUUUGAGAUGACAGAGACCUUCACUCUGGAGAAUAUGUUCGCCAUGGAGCUGCACAGCCACACGGAAGUACUCAACGAGAUUGUCACGGCGGCUGUCAAGGAGGUCGCCAUUGAGAAGGCCGUGAAGGAAAUCCUGGACACCUGGGAGAACAUGAAGUUCACCGUGGUCAAGUAUUACAAGGGCACGCAGGAGCGAGGCUACAUCUUAGGGUCCGUGGACGACAUCAUCCAGUCCUUGGAUGACAACACCGUCAACUUGCAGAGCAUCUCCGGGAGCAGAUUCGUGGGGCCUUUUCUGCAAACUGUCCAUAAGUGGGAAAAAACGCUGUCUCUGAUCGGGGAGGUCAUCGAGAUCUGGAUGCUAGUUCAGAGGAAGUGGAUGUACCUGGAGAGUAUCUUCAUCGGUGGGGACAUACGGUCCCAGCUGCCAGAGGAGGCCAAGAAGUUCGACAACAUCGACCGGAUAUUUAAGAGGAUCAUGGGGGAGACUUUGAAAGACCCGGUGAUCAAGCGAUGCUGUGAGGCCCCGAACCGCCUCAAUGACCUGCAGGGCAUCAGCGAGGGUCUGGAGAAGUGCCAGAAGAGCCUGAACGACUACCUGGACUCCAAGAGGAACGCCUUCCCCAGGUUCUUCUUCAUCUCCGACGACGAGCUGCUCAGCAUCUUGGGCAACAGCGACCCUCUGUGUGUGCAGGAGCACAUGAUCAAGAUGUACGACAACAUAGCCAUGCUGCGCUUCCAUGACGGGGAUAGCGGGGAGAAGCUGGUGUCGGCCAUGAUCUCGGCCGAGGGAGAGGUCAUGAACUUCCGGAAGAUCAUCCGGGCCGAGGGCCGCGUGGAAGACUGGAUGACGGCCGUGCUGAAUGAAAUGAGAAGGACCAACAGACUCAUCACCAAGGAGGCCAUCUUCAGAUACUGUGAGGACAGAAGCAGGGUAGACUGGAUGCUCCUGUACCAAGGCAUGGUGGUGCUGGCCGCCAGCCAGGUGUGGUGGACGUGGGAAGUGGAGGACGUCUUCAACAAAGUCAAGAAAGGGGACAAGCAGGCCAUGAAGAACUACGGCAAGAAGAUGCACGGGCAGAUUGAUGACCUGGUCACGAGGAUCACCAUGGAGCUGACCAAAAAUGACAGGAAGAAAUACAACACCGUCCUCAUCAUCGAUGUCCACGCCCGGGACAUCGUGGAUUCCUUCAUCCGGGGCAGCAUCCUCGAGGCCCGGGAGUUUGAGUGGGAAAGCCAGCUGCGCUUUUACUGGGACCGCGAGCCGGAUGAGCUCAACAUCCGCCAGUGCACGGGGACCUUCGGCUACGGCUACGAGUACAUGGGCCUGAACGGGAGGCUGGUCAUCACACCUCUUACAGACCGCAUCUACCUGACGCUCACGCAGGCACUGUCCAUGUAUCUGGGAGGUGCCCCGGCUGGCCCAGCGGGAACCGGCAAGACAGAGACCACCAAGGACCUCGCCAAGGCCCUGGGCCUGCUGUGUGUGGUCACCAACUGUGGCGAAGGCAUGGAUUACAAAGCUGUCGGGAAGAUCUUCUCUGGCCUUGCCCAGUGCGGCGCCUGGGGCUGCUUCGAUGAGUUCAACCGGAUCGACGCCUCCGUGCUCUCUGUCAUCUCGUCUCAGAUCCAGACCAUCCGGAACGCGCUGAUCCACCAGCUGACCACGUUCCAGUUUGAAGGGCAGGAGAUCUCCCUUGACUCUCGGAUGGGCAUCUUUAUCACCAUGAACCCCGGCUAUGCGGGCCGCACGGAGCUGCCCGAGUCUGUGAAGGCGCUGUUCAGGCCUGUGGUCGUCAUUGUACCCGACCUGCAGCAGAUCUGUGAGAUCAUGCUCUUCUCCGAGGGCUUCCUGGGGGCCAAGACUCUGGCCAAGAAGAUGACGGUUCUGUAUAAGCUGGCCCGGGAGCAGUUGUCCAAGCAGCAUCAUUAUGACUUUGGGCUCCGGGCCCUGAAGUCUGUGCUGGUCAUGGCCGGCGAGCUGAAGCGAGGCUCCGCAGACCUGCAAGAGGAUGUGGUCCUGAUGCGGGCGCUGCGGGACAUGAACCUGCCCAAAUUUGUGUUUGAGGACGUCCCCCUCUUCCUGGGCCUCAUCUCGGACCUGUUUCCUGGGCUGGACUGCCCCCGUGUGCGCUACCCGGAUUUCAACGAUGCAGUGGAGCAGGUGCUGGAGGAGAAUGGCUACGUGCUUCUGCCGGUCCAGGUGGAUAAAGUGGUCCAAAUGUUCGAGACCAUGCUGACCCGCCACACCACAAUGGUGGUAGGGCCCACAGGAGGGGGCAAGUCUGUGGUCAUCAAUGCUCUGUGUCAGGCCCAGACAAAGCUUGGACUAAUGACGAAGCUGUACAUCUUGAACCCCAAAGCUGUAAGUGUCAUUGAGCUCUACGGCAUCCUGGACCCCACCACUCGAGACUGGACAGAUGGGGUGCUGUCAAACAUCUUCAGGGAGAUCAACAGGCCGACCGACAAGAAGGAACGGAAGUAUAUUUUGUUUGAUGGCGACGUGGAUGCCUUGUGGGUGGAAAACAUGAACUCCGUGAUGGACGACAACAAGCUGUUGACCUUGGCCAACGGGGAGCGCAUUCGGCUCCAGGCACACUGUGCCCUGCUCUUUGAGGUGGGAGACCUGCAGUAUGCCUCUCCUGCCACUGUGUCUCGAUGCGGGAUGGUCUACGUGGACCCUAAGAACUUGAAAUACCAACCAUAUUGGAAAAAAUGGUUACAGCAGCAAAUACAAAACAAGAUGGAGCAAAAGCAUUUAAAUGACCUCUUUGAGAAAUACGUGCCCUUGCUCAUCGACAUGAUCAUAGAGGGGAUCGUGGACGGGAGACAAGGGGAGAAGCUUAAGAUGGUUGUUCCUCAGACGGACCUGAACAUGGUGAUCCAGUUAACCAAGAUGAUGGACUCGCUCCUAGAAGGGGAAAUCGAGGACCCUGACCUGCUAGAGUGCUACUUCCUGGAGGCACUCUACUGCUCCCUGGGCUCCUCCCUGCUGGAGGAGGGAAGAGUCAAAUUUGACGAGUGCAUCAAACACCUCUCGUCAAUGCCCACCGUGGACACGGAAGGGCGCUGGGCCCGCCCUGGAGAACUGCCGGGGCAUCUUCCCACCCUGUACGACUUCCAUUUCGAUCCCAAGCGGAACUACUGGAUCCCAUGGAGCAAGCUAGUUCCUGAGUAUGUUCACAGCCACGAGAAGAAAUUCAUCGACAUUCUGGUUCACACAGUGGAUACGACCCGCACCACCUGGAUCCUGGAGCAGAUGGUUAAAAUCAAGCACCCUGUCCUUUUUGUGGGUGAAUCGGGCACGUCUAAGACAGCCACUACCCAGAACUUCCUGAAAAAUAUGAAUGAGGAGACCAAUAUUGUGCUGAUGGUCAGCUUCUCCUCACGCACCACAUCCUUGGACAUCCAGAGAAAUCUAGAAGCAAAUGUGGAGAAGCGGACGAAGGACACAUAUGGACCACCCAUGGGGAAGCGCCUGCUGGUGUUCAUGGAUGACAUGAACAUGCCAAAGGUGGACGAGUACGGCACCCAGCAGCCCAUCGCCUUGCUGAAGCUGCUGCUGGAAAAGGGUUACUUAUACGACCGUGGGAAAGAACUCAACUGUAAGAGUAUCCGUGACCUGGGCUUCAUCGCUGCCAUGGGCAAGGCCGGAGGGGGCCGCAAUGAGGUGGACCCCAGGUUCCUCUCGCUGUUCAGCGUCUUCAACGUCCCUUUCCCAUCAGAGGAGUCUCUUCGCUUGAUCUACUACUCCAUCCUGAGGGGCCACACCUCGAACUUUAAUGAGAGCAUCGGGGGCAUAAGCAGGAAGCUGACAUUCUGCACAUUAAAUCUUUACAAAAACAUUGUUCAAGAUCUGCCUCCCACCCCUUCGAAGUUCCAUUACAUCUUCAACCUGCGAGACCUCUCCAGAGUUUUCAACGGUCUUGUCCUCACGAAUCCAGAUCGGUUUCAGACGGUGCCUCAGAUGGUAAGGGUGUGGAGAAACGAGUGCCUGCGGGUUUUCCAUGACCGGCUCAUCAACGAAGUAGACAAGCAGCUGGUGCAAGAUCACAUUGGGACCCUGGUGAGGGAGCAUUUUAACGAUGACUUCGAGAUGGUGAUGAGGGACCCCAUCCUGUUUGGGGACUUCCGGACGGCUCUGCAUGAGGAUGAACCACGGAUUUACGAAGACAUCCAGGAUUACGAGGCCGCCAAGGCACUGUUUGAGGAAAUCCUCGAGGAGUACAACGAAAUCAACACCAAGAUGAACCUGGUCCUGUUUGACGACGCGCUGGAGCAUCUGACCCGCGUACACCGCAUCAUUCGAAUGGACCGGGGCCAUGCCCUGCUGGUGGGCGUGGGUGGCUCCGGGAAGCAGUCCUUGGCCAGGCUGGCGGCCUUCACCGCAGGCUACGAGGUGUUUGAGAUCCUGUUGAGCCGAGGCUACUCGGAGAAUAACUUCCGGGAUGAUCUGAAGAACCUGUACAUGAAGCUGGGCCUGGAGAACAAGAUGAUGAUCUUCCUGUUUACGGACGCGCAUGUGGCCGAGGAGGGCUUCCUGGAACUCAUCAACAACAUGCUGACCUCAGGGAUUGUCCCUGCACUCUUCCCUGAAGAGGAAAAGGACGGCAUCCUCAGUCAGAUUCAGCAGGAAGCCUUGAAGUUCGGCAUGGGCCCAGCCAAGGAGUCUGUGUGGCAGUAUUUCGUGAAAAAGAGUGCCAACAACCUACACAUUGUCCUGGGCAUGUCGCCAGUGGGAGACACCCUGAGGACCCGGUGCAGGAAUUUCCCAGGUCUCGUGAACAACACUGGUAUCGACUGGUUCAUGCCCUGGCCAUCCCAGGCCCUACAUGCAGUUGCCAAGUCAUUUUUAGGGGAUAACCCCAUGAUCCCCAUGGAGAAUAUCGAGGACCUGGUGGAGCACGUGGUGAUGGUCCACCAGUCGGUGGGCGAGUUCAGCAAGCAGUUCCAGCAGAAGCUAAGGCGCAGCAACUACGUGACGCCCAAGAACUACCUCGACUUCAUCAAUACGUACUCGAAACUGCUGGACGAGAAAACCCAGAACAACAUAGCGCAGUGCAAGCGUCUAGAGGGUGGGCUGGACAAGCUGAAGGAGGCCACCAUCCAGCUAGAUGAGCUCAACCAGAAGCUGGCAGAGCAGAAGAUCGUCCUGGCUGAGAAGUCAGCUGCCUGCGAGACCCUGCUGUCAGAAAUCGCCACCAACACAGCCAUAGCGGAGGAGAAGAAGAAGCUGGCGGAGGAGAAGGCCAUGGAGAUAGAAGAACAGAACAAGAUUAUCGCGGUAGAGAAGACCGAGGCCGAGACAGCGCUGGCUGAGGUCAUGCCCAUCCUGGAGGCUGCCAAGCUGGAGCUGCAGAAGCUGGACAAGUCGGAUGUGACUGAGAUCAGGUCAUUCGCCAAGCCUCCAAAGCAAGUGCAGACAGUCUGCGAGUGCAUCCUUAUCAUGAAGGGCUACAAGGAGCUGAACUGGAAAACCGCUAAGGGCAUGAUGUCCGACCCCAACUUCCUGAGGUCCUUGAUGGAGCUCGACUUCGACUCUAUCACCCAGGGUCAAGUGAAGAACAUCAAGGGCCUCCUGAAAACUCUGAACACCACAAUUGAGGAGAUGGAGGCCGUGAGCAAGGCGGGGCUGGGGAUGCUGAAGUUUGUGGAGGCCGUCAUGGGGUACUGUGACGUCUUCCGUGAGAUCAAGCCCAAGAGAGAGAAGGUGGCCAGGCUGGAGCGGAAUUUCUACCUCACCAAACGGGAGCUAGAACGGAUCCAGAAUGAGCUGUCGGCCAUCCAGAGGGAGCUGGAGGCUCUGGGGGCCAAGUACGAGGCCGCCAUCCUGGAGAAGCAGAAGCUGCAGGAGGAGGCAGAGAUCAUGGAGAGGCGGCUGAUCGCAGCCGACAAGCUCAUCUCUGGUCUGGGAUCAGAGAAUGUCAGGUGGCUCAAUGACCUGGACGAGCUCAUGCACCGGCGGGUGAAGCUUCUGGGCGACUGCCUGCUCUGUGCAGCCUUCUUGAGCUACGAGGGCGCCUUCACCUGGGAGUUCCGCGACGAGAUGGUCAACCAGGUGUGGCGGAACGACAUCCUGGAUCGAGAAAUCCCCCUGAGCCACCCUUUCCGACUGGAGAACCUCCUCACAGAUGAUGUGGAGAUCAGCAGGUGGGGUUCCCAGGGCCUCCCCCCCGAUGAGCUCUCGGUUCAGAAUGGCAUCCUCACCACCCGGGCCAGCCGCUUCCCACUCUGCAUCGACCCCCAGCAGCAGGCCCUCAACUGGAUCAAGAGAAAGGAGGAAAAGAACAACCUGAGGGUUGCCUCCUUCAAUGACCCUGACUUCCUCAAGCAGCUGGAGAUGUCCAUAAAGUAUGGGACCCCCUUCCUGUUCCACGAUGUGGAUGAAUAUAUCGACCCUGUGAUUGACAAUGUCCUAGAGAAGAAUAUCAAGUCCACCCAAGGCCGCCAGUUCAUCAUCCUGGGGGACAAGGAGGUUGACUAUGACACCAACUUCCGGCUGUACCUCAACACCAAGCUGGCCAAUCCCAGAUACUCCCCAUCGGUGUUUGGGAAGGCCAUGGUCAUCAACUACACUGUCACACUGAAGGGCCUGGAGGACCAGCUGCUGAGUGUGCUGGUGGCCUACGAGCGGCGGGAGCUGGAGGAGCAGAGGGAGCACCUCAUCCAGGAGACGAGCGAGAACAAGAACCUGCUGAAGGACCUGGAGGACUCGCUCCUGCGGGAGCUGGCCACGUCCACGGGGAACAUGCUGGACAAUGUGGAGCUGGUGCACACCCUGGAAGAGACCAAGUCCAAAGCCACGGAGGUGUCGGAGAAGCUGAAGCUGGCGGAGAAGACAGCUCUGGACAUCGACAGGCUGCGGGAUGGCUACCGGCCGGCGGCGCGGCGGGGCGCCAUCCUGUUCUUCGUGCUGUCGGAGAUGGCCCUGGUCAACUCCAUGUACCAGUACUCCCUCAUCGCCUUCCUGGAGGUCUUCGGGCUGUCACUGAAGAAGUCGCUGCCUGACUCCAUCCUCAUCAAGCGGCUGAAGAACAUUAUGGACACGCUGACGUUUAACAUCUACAACUAUGGCUGCACAGGGCUGUUUGAGCGACAUAAGCUUCUCUUCUCCUUCAACAUGACCAUCAAGAUAGAACAGGCAGAGGGGAGGGUCCCCCAGGAGGAGCUGGACUUCUUUCUAAAAGGGAACAUUUCCCUGGAUAAGAGUAAACGGAAGAAGCCGUGUACCUGGCUGUCAGACCAGGGCUGGGAAGACAUCAUGCUCCUGUCAGAGGCGUUUUCAAACAUUUUUGGGGAGCUUCCUGAUGAUAUCGAGCAACACAUCACCACCUGGCAGGACUGGUAUGACCUGGAUUCGCUGGAGCAGUUCCCCUUCCCCCUGGGCUAUGACGAAAACAUCACCGCAUUCCAGAAACUGCUUAUCUUACGCUGCUUCCGGGUAGACCGGGUAUACCGUGCAGUGACUGACUACGUGACCCUCACCAUGGGAGAGAAGUAUGUGCAGCCGCCGAUGAUCAGCUUCGAGGCCAUUUUCGAGCAGAGCACCCCCAAUUCGCCCAUCGUAUUCAUCCUGAGUCCUGGCUCCGACCCUGCCAGUGACCUCAUGAAGCUGGCCGAGCGGAGCGGCUUUGGGGGCAAUCGCCUCAAGUUUCUUGCAAUGGGUCAAGGUCAAGAAAAGGUGGCGCUGCAGCUGCUGGAGACGGCCGUGGCUCGGGGACAGUGGCUCAUGUUACAGAACUGUCACCUCCUGGUCAAGUGGCUGAAGGACCUGGAGAAGUCCCUGGAGAGGAUCACCAAGCCACACCCUGACUUCCGUCUGUGGCUCACCACAGACCCCACCAAGGGCUUCCCCAUUGGAAUCCUGCAGAAGUCCUUGAAGGUAGUCACGGAGCCGCCGAACGGGCUCAAACUGAACAUGCGGGCCACCUACUUCAAGAUCUCCCAUGAAAUGCUGGAGCAGUGUCCACACAUCGCCUUCAAGCCCCUGGUCUACGUGUUGGCCUUCUUCCACGCCGUGGUGCAAGAGAGGAGGAAGUUUGGCAAGAUCGGCUGGAAUGUGUACUAUGACUUCAAUGAGUCCGACUUUCAGGUCUGCAUGGAAAUCCUAAACACGUACCUAACGAAAGCCUUCCAGCAGCGUGACCCGCGCAUCCCGUGGGGCAGCCUCAAGUACCUGAUCGGAGAGGUCAUGUACGGAGGCCGGGCCAUCGACAGCUUCGACCGGCGUAUCCUCACCACUUACAUGGAUGAGUACCUGGGAGACUUCAUUUUCGAUACUUUUCAGCCAUUCCACUUCUUCCGGAACAAGGAGGUGGACUAUAAAAUCCCCGUGGGUGACGUGAAGGAUAAAUUUGUGGAAGCCAUUGAGACCCUCCCACUUGCCAACACGCCGGAAGUGUUCGGUCUCCAUUCCAAUGCUGAGAUUGGCUAUUACACACAGGCAGCUCGAGACAUGUGGUCCCAUCUGCUGGAGCUACAGCCACAGACAGGGGAAUCCAGCAGUGGCAUUAGCCGUGACGACUACAUUGGCCAGGUGGCCAAGGACAUUGAGAACAAGAUGCCCAAGAUCUUUGACCUGGACCUGGUCCGGAAGCACCUGGGCUUAAACAUUUCACCCACUUCGGUGGUGCUACUGCAGGAGCUGGGACGUUUCAACAAGCUCGCUAUUCGCAUGACCAGGUCUCUGGCUGAGCUCCAGAGAGCCUUGGCUGGGGAAGUUGGGAUGAGCAAUGAGUUAGAUGACGUAGCCAGGUCUCUCUUCAUCGGGCACAUCCCUAACAUCUGGAGGAAGCUCGCCCCUGACACCCUGAAGACCCUUGGGAACUGGAUGCUCUACUUCCUGCGGAGGUUCAACCAGUACACACUGUGGGUUACCGAGAGCGAGCCCAGUGUGAUGUGGCUCUCAGGGCUGCACAUACCAGAGUCCUACCUCACGGCACUGGUACAGGCCACAUGCCGGAGGAAUGGCUGGCCACUGGACCGGUCCACCUUGUUCACACAAGUGACCAAGUUCCAGGAUGCUGAUGAAGUAAAUGAGCGUGCAGGGCAAGGGUGCUUUGUCUCGGGGCUCUACCUGGAGGGCGCUGACUGGGACAUAGAGAAAGGGUGUCUCAUCAAGAGCAAGCCCAAGGUGCUGGUGGUGGACCUGCCCAUCCUGAAGAUCAUCCCCAUUGAAGCUCACCGCCUGAAGCUACAGAACACCUUCCGGACCCCGGUCUACACCACCUCCAUGAGGAGAAACGCCAUGGGAGUUGGCCUAGUGUUCGAAGCUGACCUCUUUACCACCAAGCACAUCUCACACUGGGUGCUACAGGGGGUGUGCCUCACCCUGAACUCGGAUUAACCCCAGCGUGUGGAGGACUACAUGGAGCUACCAUGCCUGUGGCAUGCCACACCGGUGCUGGCGCCUCGCCAAGAAUGGGAGAAUGACGUCAUUUCAUGGAGUUUCCCCGGGGGGGCCAGGUAGAGUGGCGGGGGACUGUGUUUGAUGCCGAUUUUCCUUGCAGUUGAAAUCAGUCAUCUAAACGUAUUUUUCCAUUAAAUGAAUCUUGUUUUGCAA